UUGAUCGCGUUACAUGCAUCUCCACCGCUAGAAACGAUCUUGAGCAGACUCGUACGGAUUUGACCUGAGAUGGUUUGGACUUUGACAAAAUACUCUAGUCGGUUUUUCACGAACAUUGUCGGAAGUCAUACCAUGUCAUUCGGAUCCAUCCGGUUCCAAUCAUGCGCAGCACCAGCCAGCAGGCCCAAGCCUCAUGCACAGCUUUCAGAGCAUGCAUGACUUUCUCUUGACGGCAUGACCUUGGCUGCCCUAACAGCAUGUUUGUUCGGGUUACUGGGCGCCGUCGUUCUGGUGUUGGUCCUAUGGUCACACGACAUACAGUCCAGAAAGCGGACACAGCGGCGACAUUUGGAGGGUGGCCCUAUUCUCGGGUUUUUCCAUCCGUUCUGUGAUGCAGGUGGAGGCGGAGAACGCGUUUUGUGGGUUGCCAUCAAAGCCAUUCAGGACACUUGGCCAAAUGUGGUCUGUGUGAUUUAUUGUUGGGACAACGCUGGGCCUGUUGAACAGGUUUUGCAGAAAGCAAAGGUUCAAUUUAACGUUGACAUUGAUCCAAGCACGGUGCGAUUCCAGACACUAAAACGAUGGCGGUUUUUGGAGGCUGAAAGAUACAGAAUAUUCACCUUACUGGGUCAAAGCCUGGGAUCUGUUUUGGUUGGCUGGGAGGCUAUGCAACUGCUUCUACCGGACGUCUUUAUAGAUACUGUUGGAUUCGCUUUUGUGUAUCCUCUGGCCAAGUACAUGUUUGGAUGUAAAGUGGUAGCGUACACUCAUUAUCCUACCAUCAGCGCAGAUAUGCUGGGCAAAGUAGUAUCUGGUGUCACUGAUUUCAACAACUCAAGUAUGGUGGCCCGUAGCUCUGUGUUGACGCGAGGUAAAAUAUGGUAUUACCGACUAUUUGCAUGGCUCUACGGAAUCGUUGGGCGUACCGCAGACGUUGUCAUGGUAAAUUCUACCUGGACUUUGGGACACGUCAACAGUAUUUGGAAAAUUCCCAAACGGACGGCAGUAGUGUAUCCGCCUUGUAAUACGGAAUCUUUGCAAUCAUUUUCUCUUGAGAAUAGAGAACCAUGGAUCGUAUCAGUUGCACAAUUUAGACCAGAAAAAGCACACAAACUGCAAUUAUCUGCAUUCCAAACUCUUUUGGAAAGGGAACCCAAAUACCGGCAAGAAGGAUCGAAAAUCCGGCUGAUCCUCAUAGGCGGCAGCCGAAACGCCGAAGAUCGUAAGCGGGUUGAAGAAUUGAAGCAGUAUGCAGAGGACUGCAGCAUCUAUGAACAAGUAGAAUUCAUUGAGAAUGCAAAGUACAGCACGCUUUUGGAAUAUUUACAAAAAGGAUCUAUUGGUUUGCAUUCGAUGCGGGACGAGCAUUUUGGGAUUGGCAUUGUAGAGUAUAUGGCGGCAGGUCUCAUACCCGUAGCACACAAUUCUGGCGGGCCGAAAUUGGACAUUGUAACAAUGCACCAAGGGAGCAAGACAGGCUUCCUAGCAGAGACGGUAAAUGAAUUUGCCGAUGCUCUUGAGGAGGCAUUGCGGCUGCCCUCAGAAGAGCAGCUUCGCAUGCGUAUACAUGCUCGCCAACACGUUGUCGAUCGGUUUUCCGAGGAAUCUUUUUCAAGUCGUUUCGUCGGAGCGCUGCGGAAGGUCAUUCCCGAUCAUCAGUAAUACUCCGUGAUUGGCGUCCUAUCAGGCAUAAAACCAGAGGCACUCAUUAUCUGAGGCAUCUUUAUAUUCAAACGGACUAAUAGGUUUAAUGUCGCUAUAUGCAAUCAAUAGAUAAAUCACCAGGUGGACCGGACAACGGCUUGGUACCAGUACCCAUGAAAUCAAAUCUAAUUUAUUCGCCAAUCCUAUCUGUCACUCUGAAUGAAUUCUAGAGUUACUUCCAGUCUACAGAAAGUACUCUGCGACAACCUACAGUAUAAAGAAAGCACAACAAUAAGUAACAGCAGAAAAUCCAACAGUGUCUCCGG